AGAAGUUGAAAUUUAGUGAAAGUCAACUAAUCUAAUUACUAUAUAAUUAAGUUGAGAAAAGUGGGUUUUCAAAGAAAAGUUACUCUUUGUUUAAUUUAAUCUUAGACCAAAUUAAACUCAUUAAUCCUGUGUUUUUGAAGCAAAAAAUAUGAGAAAAUCUGGCUUAAAUUGGUCUUUUGCAAACAAUAGUGCUGCUGCUUAUUCCCAAUUUCUUUCUUCUAAGUCUGCCCAACAACAUGGAGGAACUCUCAAUCAAUACCCUCCUGGAUUUUCUCAGAGAAGCUUAGAUUUGGAGAAGCAAUAUCUUCCUCAUGCUCAUCCAUGGCAAGCAAAUGAUGCCCAAAAAACUCCCCAAUCAAAGCAAAUGGUGUCUUCUGCUAUAAAAACUUCUGUUGUUUCAUCUAAUUUGACAACAAAUCCAUCAAAUAAUGUCUCUUCUUCUAUCUCACUUGUUCCUGUUCCACCUUCAAAUAGUGGUCCUGUUGUUGGUUCAACUGAUCUCAAGAGUUCUCCGAGUAUCUCUGUGGGAACCUGUCAGUUGACUCUCUUUUAUAAUGGAUCAGUUUGUGUCUAUGAUAAUGUAUCUCCUGAAAAAGCUCAAGCCAUAAUGUUACUAGCCGGAAAUGGUGAAUCGAGGAACUCGACUGCCUCACCGGCCGCUUCAUCACUUCCGUCGCUACCUAAAGUUCCGCCAACAAUGCUAAGACCAUUGCCAGCAAAAGACACUACUGUUCCAAAUCUUUCUGUCGGACUUUCGAGCCCAAUUUCCUUGCUCGCACCUUUGCCUGUACCUGUUAGUGCACUGCAUGCACCAGCAAUUAGUGCUCAGAUUCAGCCUGUGGGGUUCUCAAGCUUGGUUUCUGCAGGAGCAUCCACUUCUGCAGUUGAAGUAAACCCAACCAAAUCAGUUGUUAAUCAUGUAAAAUGUUCUGAUCCUCCAAAAUCAGAUGCACCUCAAGUAAAAUCAAUUCCAAAAGGCUCAGCUGUGCCUCAAUCACGGAAAGCAUCUAUUGUAAGAUUCUUGGAGAAACGAAAAGAGAGGACAAUCGGUACAUUUCCUUAUGCAAUCAGCAAGAACACUUCUGAACGCAAUGGAGGAUCGACGUUUUUGGCGAAUUCUACGUCUUCAAGUCUUCUACCAGCUAGAAAUUGAUAGAAAUAUUUACGGUGCUAUUUCUCAUUAAUGAAAUUAAUAGGAAUCAGAGAUAUAUAGUUGAUGAAUUCUGGCAAUGUGACUGUUGUCAGGAUGAUCAUGUUCAUUCAACCUUAGAUAUGAUGUUUUGUACAUCUAUUUUAUUCCUUUUGACUUAAUUAUUGCAAUUAUUAUAAAAUGUAUGUAUUCUGUUCUACUUUUACUCAUUUUUUUCAAAAAAAACCACACAAAUAGAGAAAUAUUACUUUUAUGUGUAAAGUUCUAAAUUGGAUAUUAAGUAGCUCU